AUGUCCAGAGCGCGGGCGUACGUGCGAGCUGGGGUGGGGUGCGAGACCAUGAGCGUGGUGCGCGUGGCGUCUCGUGGACGGACGGUGCGCGGUCUCGGGUACGCGGUCACGUUUGAUGGGGUCGAGAGCGCGUGGGGCGGAUCGACGGAGACGCGCGAUGCGUGCGCGACGCGCGGCGGAUCGGAGAUCGAGGACGUGGACGGUGGGUUUGAGAUUACGUUUGAGGUCGUCGGAGAGGUGGAUGAUGAGGUGGAUGUGAGGUUGGUUCGGUCAGAUAGGACGAGAUACGCGCGGGAGGUACAUUUAGGGUCGUUGGCGCGCGCGUUGCGGGCGAUUGACGCGAACGCGACGAACGUCACGGCGACGAGAAAAGGAGUGAUGCGGGCGAAUCGACGCGAUCGAAGUGAUGCGUUUGAUCGAGUGAUUAGUGGACAGGGUGGGGUGCGAGCAAACUGGACGGAGAGCUUGAUCCUUCUCGUGGAUUCAGACAUUUCAAAGCGGCGCGAGGUGGUGUUUCGCGAAAUCGUCGUGGAGUCAUUCCUCGAUGGGCCAACCUACGACGAACGCGGUGGUACGAGCUACGUCAAUCCGAUCGCAAACACAACGAUGAGUGCCGAGAAGGAGUCGUACGAGCGCGCGAUCGAGACGCUGAGCGAUGCUCUGCGCGACGCGCAAGACGGCGCCGAUCAAACCAUUCCGGAAUCGGCCUCGUUCGCCCUCCUGUGGUCGCUUCUUGGCGCUUUCGGAGCUAUUUUGAUCGCCGUGGCGUGUUACGUGUACGUGCGAAGACGACGAAAUCUUGGCGAGAAGGUGGAGAGUACGAAGACGGGCGAAAUCGGAGCUGGAACUACGAGUACGUUGGAAGAUUUGAAUACAACGAUUUCACCAAUAAAAUCGACGAUGAGACGACGAGCGACACCAACAAAAUCCCGGCACGUGACGGGAGAGGCUCCAAUAUUUGCGCACAGUACGGCGUUCGCGCGCGGCGCGGUGUCACGUGUCGAUUCGCUCGGCGCGGCGUUACGUCGAGAAGACUCGCUCGCCGAAAAUGGCAAACACGUGACACUGCACGUGAAUCGCACGCAAGACAGCGAAGAAUUUCAUCAACACGCGCUUGAGAUAAACGAGCGAUCGGACGCGUACGACACCGCGACGUCGGACUGUGAAUACGAGUAUCAAGAGGAACAACACGUCGAACUCACCGCCGGCGAUUUUGCAAACGAAAUCAUGAGAGCGUCAUCGUAUCCAAUCGAGCGCAAAGCGUCCGAGUGCAGAGACGACACUUUCAGAUUUAUUUCGAACGACGAGCUCGAUCGAUACGUGCAAGUCAUCGAGCGACUCGGCGCCGGUGGGCAUUCGAGUGUCUACAUGGCAAAGUGGGGUGAACGACAAGUGGCACUGAAGAUGCUGCACGAUGAAAAUGCUUCAUCAAUGCAGAGCGAGAUUGAAAUCAUGCGCGCUAUCGACCACCCAAACAUUGUGAAGAUUUUCGGCGCGUGCCAAUCACCGGCGUGUCUCAUUUUACAGAUCGUACACGGAGGAAGCCUUUACGAAGUGUUGCACUGCUCGCCGAACAGGCGAGGAGUAGGUCUCGCCGAGGACAAGGCGCUGCCCAUCGCUCGGGACAUCGCGAGCGCAAUGACGUAUUGUCACGAGUUAACGCCGAAAAUCAUUCACCGAGAUCUCAAGCCACAAAACGUCUUAAUCGAGCAAGAGACCCUACGCGCGUACUUGGCUGACUUUGGUGUCUCUCGACAAGUCUCAACUCGACUCAACACUAACAGUUAUGGCGCGGGCACAGUGAACUACAUGGCGCCCGAAUUAUUCGGCGACGAGAGAGCGGACGAAAAGGUCGACGUGUAUUCGUUCGCAAUGAUCCUUUACGAGACACUCACGGGGAAACAGCCUUGGGUGGGGUUAAACGCGGUGCGAAUCGCGUCGAUUCUCCUCGAGAACGCUACAGAAACGUCUCGCCCGGCGCUCCCGCCGAGCGCCGAGCUCAACUUGCGAGCGUCCACGCUCGAGCUCAUCCAAAAGUGCUGGCGAUUCGAUCCGAGGUCGCGCCCAUCGUUUCGCGAGAUCCUCACCGAGCUUGAGCAAGUGCUCUGA